UACCAUAUUUUAUAGAUAGAAAUGUUUGUUUAAUUCUUGAAAUAAAUAUAAAUAGACACAUAAAAUGGCUGAUAAUGAACUUAAAGCUACCAUAGAAGGUGAACAAGAGGAAUUACCGAUACAAGAAACAGUAAUCCCUGAAGAAGUUGAAGAAGAGCAACUGGAAGAAGAGUCUUUACUUACGGAAUAUGACCCAGAUGACUUUUUGUCUGGUGCUGUUAAUACCUUGGACUCUACCAUACCUCUUAACUUAUUUGAAUUUGAAUAUUCUUAUGGUUACAAUUGUCACAAAUACUUCAAUCUGUGUGCUUGUGACGAGAGCGUAGUAUGUUGGGCUGCGGGCAGUAUUAUAACAUUUAUGGAUGUCUACACUAAACAAACAUGGUUUAGAAGGAGCACUACCGGUGGAUCGAUUGGAAAUAUUACAUCUUUUAGGAAAGAUCCAAAUUACCGCAUAGCAGUAGCAGAAGGAAGAGAAGGACAUCGGGAUCCUUUGAUAUUACUAUACACUUGGCCGCAAAUGGAUAUAGACGCUAUUCUUAGAGACGGCACAACUAAUGCAUAUUCUAUCCUAGACUUUAGUCCCGACGGUGAACUUCUGGCUUCUGUGGGUAAAGAACCAGACUACAACUUAACUAUUUGGAACUGGAAACGACACCGUAUUUUGCUUCGCACUAGCGCUUUUACAUUUGACAUAAACUCAGUAAUGUUUUCACCUUAUUGUCCCGGACAACUUACUACGGCAGGUGCUGCUCAUAUAAAAUUUUGGAAAAUGGCUCAAACAUUCACAGGUUUGAAGUUAAAAGGUGAACUAGGUCGGUUUGGUAAAACGGAGAUUUGUGAUGUGAUUGGAGUUUAUCCAAUGCCGGAUGAAAAGGUGUUAUCGGGAUGUGAGUGGGGCAACGUGUUAGUAUGGGAAGCUGGACUUGUUAAAUUAGAAAUAACGCAGCGUGGUAGAAAAACUUGUCACAAAGCUCCUGUGAUCCAGUUCAUGCUCAGUCCUGCGGGAGAUGAAAUAACAACUAUAGCACGCGAUGGAUGUAUUCGAGCAUGGUAUUGGGAUACCGUAGAGCAGGCUGAUCCUCCUGAAGACGACCCUUACGUCGAACUAAAUCCAGUGGCUGAAACUUGCGUACCGAAUUGCCAAAUAAUGUGUCUCAAACAUCAAAAAGAUAUGCAUUGGUAUGCUCAGAUUCUUUUCUUUAUUCAGGACGGCAAUGGUGGUAUAUGGACAGUGGAACUCGAAAUAGAUAAAAUUGAAUGCGACCACCAUAAAGUGAUGACUUGUCAUGCUGGGGGUAUAGUUUCGAUGGCUGCUCUCCGAACACACCCAAUCUUGAUUACUGCUGGUGAAGACGGUGCAUUACAAGCAUAUAACAUAGAAACUCAUGCAUUGCUAGCUCGUUACCACUUUCCUGCACCUAUCACUUGUUUAUUAUACCCGCCAGUGGAUGUUGAUGAAACAUCACGUAUUCUAUUAGUAGGUUUUUCUGAUGGAAUAAUGCGCACACUUUUAUUGCACCCUGAGCGACUUCAAUCACAGACCAACAUGAUCAAUAUUCGAGUACAUUCCGCUCUUAGUAUACACAGUGGUGACUCUCUUCAUGCUGACGCCAUAGACAUGAUUUCGUUACUAAAACCACAUUCAAAGCCCCUAACGCAAAUAACGAUAAAUGAACAACGAACUCUAUUAGUUACUUGCGGUGAGGAUACUACAAUAUUUCUUUACAAGCUGGAAGCAGGUACACCAUUUAGCUUACACCGUCUUGGUUUUAUUGAAACUCCUAACAAUAUAGCCUACAUGACAUGGAAACCCGGAGAGGAAACUGUAUUGCUACUAUGUGGACAAGUUGGUUUUCUAAUGGAAGCUGUUCUUCCGGAUGUUCCUAUACGCAAAUACAGUGACAUCACAACAUUUAAGCUAGACUUCUUAUCAUACAAGGAAACAUUAGUGAAAAAACAUUUUAUGCGAUACCGGCCUUUUCCUACGGAAGAAGAUCUUGCCAGUAUAGACGAAGAGGCUUUGAAAGCCAAGGAUGAAGCGACUAAUGAUAAAGACGAUGACGAAGAACAUGAAUGGCUUGGGGAAAUAGAGCUCAUGGAAAGCGAAAGUAUGCUUGGGACCACCAUCACUUGGGCUCAAUAUUGCGAGGAUGGCAUUUGGGUAGUACAACGUGGAACUGGAGCUCUACUACUAGUGAAACCAGGAGUUAAUAAGGUUCUAAAAUAUGGACCAAUUCCUGGAGCGUGGAGUGAUGAUAUUACGGCUCUAAAAUUUGUAUGUGAUGGCCGAUACCUUGUCAUUGGUACAAAUACUGGAUAUAUACGUGUUGUACGUAUGCCAACUGAAGAGGAAGAUUCGCCAGAACAACAUUAUUUAACUUGGAUCAAGGCCACACAAAAGCUACUCAAGAAACUAAAAGGCAGACGUUUGGCUAAAGAAGAGGCCCAACCUACACCGCGGAUUGAUUUUUUUGACAAUUACUAUUUACCUAUGCACGACCGAUACACUGGUACUGUGACAUGUUUGGAAUUCAGUGCUGAUGGAAAAAUGCUGUAUAGUUGUGGUGCAGAUGGCAACAUAUUUUCUUUUCAAGUAAAUUUUACGGAGGCCUUACUAACAACGCUGUCAUUACCAAAACCACUAGAAAUUCCCAAAGUUGUAAAAGUUAAAGAGCCGAGUACACUUGAAGGAGAAUUAAUGUCACAUGAAGAGUUGAAACAAAAAGAGGAGUACGACAAGAUGAUGGCAAUAGCAAAUGCACAUAAAAAACGUGUCCGAGAUCAACUGGCCGAACUUACUGCAGAAUACAAUAAACUUAUCAAGGCGAACCGAUCAUUGCCAUGCUCUCAACAAAUUGAUGUCACUCUGGAUCCACGUCCAUUGGCAGUACAAGAACAAGAGUUGGAGGAGGCUAAAGCGCUCACGAAAAGAAAGCUCGCUCACCAACUGGAGGCUUCAAAUCUGGCUCUGCACAAAAUGCACUCCAGAAAUAUUAUACAGCUGGACGUAUACCCUUUCACAUUGAGAGCCAUCAGAGACCCUGAAGUCACGAUACGACCAUUGCGACAAAAAAAUCUCGCAAAAGCUUUCUAUGAUCAAUUAGAAGAAGUUUAUCAAAAAAUGGCUGAAGCUGCUUUGCGCGGAAGAAAUAUGAAUUUACUGGCACUGGCAGAUGCAGAGACAAGACGAGCUGAAUCUACCACUCGUCGAGCGGCUGCUAGGAAACUGUCAUAUGGACCUCCACGAGUAGCGUCUUUCUUACUGGGAUUACCUCCAAAACCACCACAUCCUUUAAAGAAAGCUCUGAGGAAUUAUCGACAACGUUUACAUCGUCAUCACCUCCAGUUUAUUGAGUGGCAAGAACAUCUUUCACGUAAGCCAGACCCCCAUGCUUUGCCCCCAGGAGCGGCUGAAGCAUUAAAAGAAGCAGAGGCCACUAUAGGCAACCGCUUGCUCAAGAGCCAAGAAGACUAUGUUGCAUCUCCAGCCCAUAAUACUCAAUUGCGUGUUUGUCUCACAAGAAAAGAGAUAUACGACAACAAACGUGCCUUCAAUACAAAUGUGUUAGAACUUCGCGAACACAAAGUGCGUAUGGUAACGCAAAUGAAGAAGAUCGCCGAAAGACUUAGCGAAAUUCGAAGUGAGAUACCGCAAAGACUUGUGAAACCACCGCCAUUAGUACCACAUAUAGAUGAUGACCUCGAAUUUCCUGAAAAAAAUCUUGAAAUAAAGCCAGAACCAAUACAAGUUGCUAUUACUAGGGCUGCAGGCAAGAAACCUAUGAUACAAGAACGCAGAAAAUCCACCUUAUACCCACAGCCACGAGUGCCACAACAGAGAGUUCCUAAGUUUGUGCCUAUUACCGAAUCUCGUCCAUUAGUUGCCUCAUGGGAACUAUUAAAACCAAGAGCAGAUCAUGAAUUUUCAGACAUUGAAAUUGAAAUACGAGACAGACGCAUCGAAAGGCAUCUAUACGAACAAGAUAUGCUACUAGCUGAUGCCGAUGUCUCUGUACAACAAUUCGAUUCGCGUUUACGACAAUUACAACGUGAACGGAUUCGUGUACAGGAAAAGAAUCAGUUACUUGAAUUACACCUAUAUCAACUACAUAGAGAGAUGAACGUCUUGAAUCGUUUCGAAGCUCACGAAGAUAGGUUAGCUGAAAGGGUUUAUGUGAAACUAAUGCAGGUACGAGGCGUACAGGAACAAAUAAUGGAUUGCGAACAUCGUAUUGAAGAACACUUCUCUAAUAAAGAAAGUUUAGACCACCAAUGCCAAGAGCUUCAGAGACAGUUUAAACGUCUCGUCCAAGACAAUAAGUUUGCAGACUUCCUGCGUAGAAUAUUCAAAAAGAAAUACAGACCACCACGAGACCGCGACAAUGAUGAAUCUUCGGAAUCCGAAUCAUCCUCAUCGUCGAGUGAAGAACAGGAUGAAGGCAGUUUGGACAGUCGUGAUAUCGGUCCUAUUCGCCUCGACCCUAACAUAUGCCCAGAAGGUUGCGACAAGGACGUCUAUGAUAAAACCUAUGACUUAAGGAAUACCAGACAAAAACACGAACAAGAAAUGUUGGAACAAGACAGAUUAGUCGAUCUCUUGAGAAAGGACAUCGAAGCGCACUAUAAAGUGAAAAGAAAACUCAGCGUGCAACUUGAUAAGAGAAAGAAUGAACUGAAAGAAUUCAUGAUGGAGAAACAGAGUUGUUUAAACGACGUCGACCAGGUAAUAGUACUCCGGUAUGAUCAAAUUAGAGCGUCUGCUAUUCGUGGAUGCACCGGCCCACAGGGACUGUCAAACACUGUAGUUUUUCCAGAGCAAAUGUUGACAAGAUUGUGCCGACGUGUGCUUGAAUUGCAGGAAGAAAUUAAACAGCAGAGACAGAGACAAAAGAUAAACCGCACUCAUUUAUUCCGCAUGAACAUGGAUCUACGCGCAAUGGAAGCACGGGCUCAGGAAUUACGGGCCCAAAUGCGCGAUGUGCUAACACGCAAACUCGGACGACCGCGACGUGUAGACCGCACGCUCGAUGAUCUUUUGCGGCAGAUGGCCCGUCGACACAAGUUUUCAGCUACAUUGGGAGCGCUACCACAGAUCUUGGAUCAGCUGCGGCAAUGGCGGGAGCGUCACAGUGAACUAGAAAAAAAAUAUUUACAAGUUCUGAACCAUUACUCUGAACGUCUACGACUCGCAGCUGCCUUGCAAGCUGAUGUUCUCCCCAGAAAGCCUCCAAAAAAUCCGUCCGUUAUGGUUGGUGGCUAUAUUCCAGAACAAUACCAACGCGAUGUGGUACGCCUACGUAUUAUUCGUUCUCAACAAAUGCAACAAAUCAAGGCUCUAAGCGAAGAAAUUCAGGACCUUCGAUUGAAGCCACUGUCACAGACGACUCCACCACCAGCAACAGCUCCGCCGGAAUCCGACCGGUCUGAAAUAUACCUCAGUAUGAUUCCCCACGUUAAAAGACAGCCGAGGCGUAAAUACUUCCCCAUCACACCAUUAGGAUCCCAAGUCAAGAUGGUGUAUGAUAUUAAUAUAAUGAAACUGUUAUACGACUGUUUGGAUGCGAUGCGUGUGACGCGCGACGAUGCGGACCAACUGCUGCGCGAACUCACAUCUGAACUUCCAGACGUUCUUGCGGGAAAUAAGUCUCGUUUCGAAGUGGUGGACACGCUCGUCCGCAAAUGGCUUCUGAAAUAUGGAGGUGACCCCAGCCAGUAUAAAAAGCAAACGCGAGCAUUCGAUGCGCUCGCCACUCUGGCAGAUCGACUAAUUAGACAACACGUUGAAGCUAUGGAAGGUACAGCAAGCAGUACACAUCAAGUAAUGGAAUCAUUAGAGGAAGCACUUAAAGAUAUAUCUGAUGUGAAGCAACCUCUCCAUGAGCGUUUGGGUCCUGCCAUCGCUUCUUUGUUUCACGCCACACAGCCCGCUGACUUAGAAACCGAAGAUACAAUGACGGCACUUGUAAAUUCACUGGUCGAUGAAGAACAUCCUGUUACAUCUGAAACUAUACAGAACAUAGGAGUUAGUAAUGUCAUAGAAGAUAUUAAAGAUUGCGGUGUUCAAGUAUCAAACGAGGAACUAGAGCGUAUAGUAAGGCUGGCUAUAGACUGUCUUCGUGCACAGUUACUAGGACCUGAAGAAUUGGAGCGCCUUAAAAUUGAAAUGGAUAAGACUAUAUCCGUCGAAACGAAAUCCAUUUCGUCAAGAAGUCGCAGUCAUCACACCGAUGCCGAUGAAGAUAAAGAAACUUAGACCUUGUGUUAUCUAUACAAAUAAAUAAAA